AAAAAAGUGAGCCUAAUGUUGGAAACACUUCAGCCUAGACAAGAUCAGAGGGAAUGUGUGCUUCGACACGACGUCGUUUAAGCCUGGCUGACCUGACAAAAUGAGGAGGGAAGUAACGCCCGUCGUCAACUCAUUGAUAGGUCCUCCCUUGCGGCCUUAACUCACUAGCUCAGACAACGCUCUCUCAAAUCUCUGUGUUAUCUGACAAGCAGAUGCAAGAAAAGAAAUCAGAGAUGGCAAACAAGAAUCCAAAGAAGGCCAAUCUCUCAGAUCACCACUCUAUCAAACACAUUCUCGACGAGUCCGUCUCGGAGAUUGUUACCAGUCGCGGAUAUGUGGAAGAUUUGAGGUUGAGCAAUUUAAGAUUGUUUAUGGGGACUAUCAUCAUAGUUAUCGCGCUUGUUGCUCAGUUUUACAAGAAGAAGUUCCCUGAGAAUAAUGACUUCUUGAUCGGCUGUAUCGUAUUGUAUAUAGUCUUCAAUGGAUUGUUGCAGCUGAUUGCAUACACAAAAGUGAAGAAUGCUAUCAUGUUCACAUAUCCUCCUAAGGAAUCUUACACAAGCACUGGUUUGGUGGUCUCUUCCAAAUUGCCCAGAUUUUCUGAUGACUAUACACUAAGCAUAGCAAGUGCAGAUCCCAAAUCAAUUUCUGCCGGGAAACCAGUGGAGUUUACCAAGAGUGUCUCACAAUGGUUCACCGAGGAUGGAGUUUUAGUGGAAGGUUUGUUCUGGAAAGAUGCUGAAGCUCUAAUAGAUGAUUAUGCAGGAGAACCAAAGAAGAACAAGUGAGCCCCUCAUCUAACAAUUCUGAUAGGUAAUGUUAAGACAGAUAGAGACCCAACAAUAUUGUGUGGUUUGGUAUAGAUGUUCAUUGAAAUUAUGGUUGAUUGCCCUGAAUAUUUUUUUGAGCCAAACUAAAUGAAUGUUGAUUUUACAAGUA